AUGGACACCAAGACAACUUUAUCUUCAGGGUCGUGGCCCUCUGAUAUAUUUGAGUUCGAUCUCAAUGAAGAUUUUAUUAAUGAAUUGGCAGAAACAAUGCACAACACCGCAAACGUAGAUAUACCUAUAAAAACAGUAAAUAAUAGUAAUGGCAGUUACAUCAACAAUGACAAUAUCAAAAAUAACAGCGAUGAUUUCGAAAAUUUUUUCUAUACUGAUAACAAUUUCAAUAUUUCUCAAAAUUCAAGUCAAAAUUCCGAAAAUAAUGAUAACAAUUCUUCUUCAUGGGGGGAGAUACUAUUUGAUGGUAAUCAAGUAGAUAUAUCAGACAGCAAUGGCCUAGGCACAAUGAAGCUGAACGUUUCUUUGCUCGUAAAGCAGAAAAAGUUAGACGAAGCCUUGAAGAAACAAGAAGAAUUGAAUCUCCAGUUGGAAGAGCAGUUGAGGCAAACUCAAGAACAACAGUGGCAAUUGCAAAAUCAAAUGCAGGGAACUGAUAAUCCUUCAGGUUCUAAUAAAAGAUUUACUUUAGGAGAUAUUACUGCUUCUUCAAGAUUGAAUAGUACUCCCUCAAAGAAAUUAAAGGACUUGGCAACUGAAUUCAAUACAAAUUCACAGAAAAAGAAAAAAGGCAGGCCUUUGGGAGCUUUUUCAAUAUCACAAACUACUUUUAACGGUUCUCCAACCAGAAUGACUCGCAGGCCCAUAGUAAGGGCAAGAAAAGAGCCUAAUUGGGAUAUAAAGACAGUGGAGAACAAUUUUUCAAUAUCUAAUCUUCCUUCAUCAUCUUCGUCGCUCUCAUCACCUGUCAAAGUCAAGAGUAUAUUUCAAAGUAACGACGACUUCAAUUUACUGCAACCCCAACUAGAGGCGGCAGUUGAAGAGUCUCCCCUUCAAAUGGAUGAUUUCAGCAAUCUGAACACGUCGCCCGUAAUUUCAACGAAUCCAAUGUUGUGUCCUGAUGUAACAAAACUAUCGAAUCGUUCAAGCAUCUCAAAUCAACAUCCAUCUUCUACAUUCUUGUCACCACAUUCCAAAAUCAACAGUUUCGAUGGGACUCCAAUUAAAUCAAAGCCCUUGUUUUCAAAUAACAUUUUCAGUAAUGUUAGCUUCACUACACCACAACUACAUCCACCAGCAAAAAAGUUAUCGUCUUCAUCAAUUCCUUCGCCAUCAUAUCCUGCUUUUCUGCCAAUUAAUGAAAAUGAAACUACUAAUUUGGAUUCAAUCCCCUCAUCUCCUAUAAUAAGAACACGAUUUAAGGUAGAAGAGGAUUCACAUCAAUCUUGUUCACAAGUAAGAGAAAUCGAUCCAGUGUCUCCAAUGAAGAUUACAAGAAAACCAACUACUUUACCAAGAGGAUCGAUCGAUAAGUACGUUAAAGAACUACCCGAUAAAAACUUUGAGUGUCUUUUUGAAAACUGUGGUAAGACGUUCAAAAGAAGAUAUAAUAUAAGGUCGCACAUCCAAACACAUUUAGAGGAUAGGCCAUAUCCAUGUGAUUUCCCUGGCUGUGACAAGGCUUUUGUUAGAAAUCAUGAUCUUGUAAGACAUAAGAAGUCACAUUUUGAGAAAAACUAUGCUUGCCCAUGUGGCAAGAAAUUCAACCGAGAGGACGCAUUAAUUGUCCAUCGUUGUAGAAUGAUAUGUAUAGGCGGCAAAAAGUAUGACAAUAUAGUUAUCAAAAGGUCACCAAGAAAGAGAGGAAGACCAAGGAAGAACGAGUGUAGUGCUAAUAGCAGUGGAUCUGGUGAUCCCGAUGAAAGCCCUACUAAGAAGGAGAAAAUUUUGAGCUACAAUAACAUAUUUAGGCCGAUGGAUACCCAUUUUCAAGGACAAAAAUCUCAGUUAAAUUUGUAA